AUGGGAAUCAAACGGGCGUACGCCACGUCUUGUCUUCUCAAGCGCCAAGGGAACCUUGCACGUCGGUUCGGUACGCAUCAGGGAGAGCUGUCCACACGCUUCCGCAGCUGUGCGCAGAACGCGUUCAAGGGCGUUUCGGUGCGUUCUACUGUGCGUGCUGCCGAAGCUGCCGAAGAGGGCCCGGUCUUCUUCGUAUUACGGCUGUCUGGCGCGAAGCCUGUUGGCAGCAUAACGUCGGAUUCAGUCUUGUUCCAUUCGCGUAGUGAAAUCAGCGGAAACAAUGAACUAGCUGCGCAAAUACUGAUCGCGAAACUCGCCGGCCCUGUCUACCUCGGCGGGGCCUCCUAG